AUGAUUUAAUAAAAUAAGAAUUACUUAAAGCUCACAUCCCUAAACAAUGAUAUUUAAUAAUAAAAUUUACAGAGAAUUCAUGAUGAUGAAAUUCCAGAAAAAUACAGAUCAACGUAUAAAUUUAAUGAUUUUAUUGAUAUCAACUAUGGAUACUAAGAUAAUAAUUAACUUCUUUUCGAAAUAAAGAAAAAUUUUCCAAAAUAAUCUGAUUUUUAAAUUGGGGUCGACUUAAUUUAUUUAAUUGACAUAAGUUAAUCUUUAAAUGAUGAAACAUUAGAAAAAAUCAAAUCGGCUUUAAAAUGCUUAGUCAAUAGUUUAAGUGAUCGAGAUAGAUUGUCCAUAAUUCUAUAUAAUAACAAGGUCGAUAAACUUUUUCCUUUAAUUCCACUCAAUUAAAAAAAUAAAUAGAUUAUUUUUGAAAAAAUAGAAUAGAUUAUUAAUAAAAAAGGUAACUCAAAUAUUUUGAAUGCUGCUUAAGUUGCUAAUUAAUGUUUGAAAUUAAGAUAAUUUAAAAACGAAGUUACUUCUAUUAAUAUUAUUAGUUAAGAUUAAAGUUUAGGUAAAUAUUGUUAUGAACUUGAAUAACUAUUUCAAAAAGAAAAAUAAUUUAAAUUGAAAGCUUAUCUUUUGCUUUAGUAAAAUAAAUUCUAGUCUUGUUAAAUAAAAAAAAGAGGAAACGAAAAACUUGGGAAAAUUUAAAUUGUAAAGAAUGUGGAUUAUUUGUCUUCAUAUUUAUGUUUCGAAGUGACUAAACUUUAAUAAACAGUUAUAAGAGAUUUAUUAAUUACAAUAAAAACAAACAAAAAUAAUCCAAUUAAAAUAUCUGAAUGCGAAGGAGUUUAAUUCCUUUACGUUAAUCCUUAUGAAAUAUAAAUCUCUAAGAAAUUAGUAUCAAUUGGAUAUAAUAAAACUCAUCUUAUAUGUGUAGGUAAUAUUCCAAAGAAUGAAACAGGUUAAUUAUGUGAUGUUGAAGUAUCUUAUAAAUAUAUAAAUUCAAAUCAAAAAAAAAUUUAUACUAUACCAAUUUAUGCAUAACCUUAGAAGAAUGGUAUAAUAGAUGAAAAAGUUAUAGUUUAAAAAUAUAAACUAAAAUCAAGAAGUUAAAUGAACGAAGCCAUAUUAUAUUAUGAUCCAUAUAGAAUAUAAGAUUGUACUGAGAUUCUAAAGAUAUUUUAAUCUGAAGUAGAAAGUCUGCCUGACUGUAUAAAAUAAUAGUUAAACGGUGAAACUUAAUAAUUUGAGAUUGCUCUACAAAAAUAUCUUUAAGAUCCUUCUUAAUAAAUUGAAAAUCCAUUUAAUAAAAUUGACGAUCUUUAAAAGAGUCGAAAGUACAAAAUUUAUGAAAACCUUUGA